AUGAAAUGUGUAGAUGAGCGAAGAGUUGAAGAAUGGAGUCAAUCAACGCAUUGCAAUCUUCUUCAUAUUAUAAACAAUGAUAAAGAAAAGGCGGAUUUUCUUCGCCAUUUUGGAAAACUCUUUACAAAGCUUAUUGCAAGAAAGAGAGAAAAUUUCCUCAAAGCCAACAGCAAGGUACUUUGUGUAAAAGUUUGA